UGUAGAAGAUAAAAGAGGUCUGGCUAUGGCUUCUUCACUUGUUUCCCACCAAAAUGUCUUCUUUCAAUUCCAUCCUUUUCUUCCUUCCCUUCCCAUACAGUCAAACUCUCUCAACAAAUUUAAUCCAACCCUGAUUAAUUCAUCACUGCGCUGUGCUAACAGCGUGAAGCUCAAGCUUAAAUGCCAAAUUUCAAGGGCUUCUUCUGAAGAACUUCCAGCUGAGUUGAUUGAGGAUUCCAAGUUUGUCCCCUUGAAUUCUGAGGAUCCGAAAUAUGGACCACCUGCAUUGUUGUUACUGGGGUUUCAAGUGGAAGAGGCAGCAGAGAUACAACAGCUUCUGAAGGAGUUGGAUGGUGAAUUUCUCAAGGUUAUAUUUUGUACGGAAGACAUGAUUGACCGUUCGCUCUGGGAAGCAGUGACUGCUGAACAAUCAAAUCUUGAUGUAUCAAAGGUUGCAACAUGGCUCCCACGAAUUUGUUUCUUGUCUGGUCUUAAUGGGGAGGAGAUGAUGAUGUUCAUCGAUGCCUUUGAGGAAACUGGUCUGGAGCAGCCAGUGUUUGCUGCCCUGGUCCCGAAUAGUGCUGAAAAACCUUUAUCGGAGCUGAUAGAAGAGAUUAUGGGCGACCAUGAGAUGCUGUCUUCAAAGAAAAACGAGUGAAGUAGAGAAGACACUAAUCGAAUUGAUCAGGGACUGCCCGGAGUUGUUCUUUCAUUUCGACAAAAGUUGUUCUACUUGUCCAUUUUGCACAGGUGCGAUUUCCUCUGCAUAUAAUGUCGUUAGGCUAUUUCUAAAAGUGCAAUUGCUACGGUAUUUUUAUUCUAACCAAGAAUUAUAUUUUUUACUCUAAAAAAAUACUAUUCAAAUAUUCUAUAUAUUGUCCGGUCAGAUGACCGCUUUGGUUA